AUGGAUUUCAUCGACGUUGCUAUUGUUGGUGGAGGACCUGCAGGCCUUACUGCGGCCAAUACUCUGGCGCGCCAGGUCCACACAGCCGUCGUCUACGACAGCAAGUCGUAUCGCAACGCUGGCGCUGAUCACAUGCAUAUGAUCCUGACUUGGGAUCAUAAACGCCCAGGAGACUAUCGCGACGCCGCCAGAAAGAACAUUCUGGAGAAUUAUUCGACUAUUCAGUUCGCUGAUAUUGCUGUUGCCAAGAUCGACAAAAAGGCGGACUCCCACUUCGAAGUCCAGGAUAGCAACGGUGAUGUUAGAAAGUUCCGCAAGGUCAUCCUCGCUGUUGGUUCAUCCAAUAUUUUCCCCCACGUUGAGGGAUACGAUCUUCUUUGGAAGAAGCGCAUAUUUCAUUGCUUGUUCUGCCACGGCUACGAAGCCAAAGGUUCUGCAUCUUCUGGUGUCCUCGUUAUUCCACCAGUCAGCGGCGCUCUCGCUGCCCAUAUGGCUCAGAAUGCUGCGCAACUUACUGAUCAAGUCACCCUAUACACCAACGGCGAUGACGACGUGACGGUGGAGCUUCAGCCCAUUGUCAGUGGCCUUGUGCAAUCAAAAUUCAUUAUCGAGGAACGUCAAAUCAAGCGCCUCGUCGAGAACAACGACGGCGAUUGCGUUACAGUCGAGUUCGUCGACGGUAGUAGCAAAUUGGAGAAAUUCUUAGUUCACAACCCACAGACGACUACGCAAGGCCCCUUCGUGACACAGCUUGGACUGGCCACUACGCCAAAUGGCGACAUUCAGGCUGAUGGUCCCUUCUACCAAACCAGUGUACCUGGCGUCUACGCAGUUGGUGAUUGCAGCACUCCGUAUAAAGUGACUCCCAGCUCCAUCACAAGCGGCUGCAAUGCGGCUGUCGCUGCUAGUGCUGAGAUACAGGCUGCCAAAUACAGAAACCUGCUAGACGCUUGA